AGUGAUCAGCCAUUGGAGACGAUUAUUGCCAGCAGAAGUGCAAUGGAGAUAGAGCAAGACCCCGAAUAUGUCUCCCUUUUUGGUGCCAACAGCAUGCCUAAGCAAGUUGAGGUGAGGAUGCACGAGAGUCACCUGGAGCCCAUUGAGGCCAGGCCCCAGUCCAAAUGUGCCCAAAUCUGCUCCAAGAUGUUCAAGAACCUGCUGCUCACGCUCACCGUCCUCGGUGUGAUCUUGGGAGCUGUAUCGGGGAUGCUGCUUCGUGUCGCCUCCCCGAUCCACCCAGACAUUGUUAUGGUGAUUGCUUUCCCUGGAGACAUCCUGAUGAGGAUGCUGAAGAUGUUGAUCUUGCCACUUAUCAUCUCCAGUUUAAUCACAGGUCUGGCCGGUUUGGAUGCCAAAUCUAGUGGUCGCCUGGGCACCAGAGCUAUGGUCUACUACAUGUCCACCACUAUUAUUGCUGCUAUCCUGGGAGUCAUCCUGGUGUUAGUCAUCCACCCUGGCAACCCCAAACUGAAGGAGAAUCUGGGCGAGGGCGAGAAAAAUGAUGAUGUCUCCAGCUUGGAUGCCUUCUUUGAUCUGAUUAGGAACCUGUUCCCAGAGAACCUGGUGCAGGCUUGUUUUCAGCAGAUCCAGACUGUCACAAAGAAGGUGGAGGUGGUUGUUGAAGAGAAUAUCAAUGCCACCACAAUGGAGGGGUUGGUGGCUAAUGUGACCAAGGAGCCUCAGUUUGUCAUCAAGAAGUCCUUGCAGUUCAAGAGUGGCAUGAAUGUCCUGGGUCUGAUUGGUUUCUUUAUUGCAUUUGGCAUCUGCAUGGGCAAGAUGGGAGAAAGGGCCAAACUCAUGAUUGAGUUCUUCAACAUCCUCAAUGAGAUUGUGAUGAAACUCGUCAUCAUGAUCAUGUGGUACUCUCCCUUCGGUAUUGCUUGUCUGAUUUGUGGUAAGAUCAUCUCCAUCAAGGACCUGGAGGUCGUAGCCAGGCAACUGGGCAUGUACAUGGUGACUGUGAUUAUUGGCCUUAUCAUCCACGGAGCAAUCUUCCUGCCCAGUAUCUACUUUGUCAUCGUCAGGAAAAACCCCUUUACCUUUUUCCUGGGCAUCUUCCAGGCCUGGAUCACUGCCCUGGGGACAGCCUCCAGUGCUGGUACACUGCCUGUCACCUUCCGCUGCCUGGAGGAGAACCUCGGCAUUGACAAGAGAGUCACUCGUUUCGUGCUCCCAGUCGGUGCCACCAUCAACAUGGAUGGAACCGCUCUGUAUGAGGCCGUUGCUGCAAUCUUCAUCGCCCAAAUGAACGGCAUUUACCUCGACGCUGGUCAGAUUGUCACUGUCAGUCUGACAGCCACCCUGGCCAGUGUUGGAGCCGCCAGUAUUCCCAGUGCUGGCCUGGUGACUAUGCUUUUGAUCCUGACUGCUGUCGGCCUGCCAACCCAAGACAUCAGUCUGCUGGUUGCCGUUGACUGGCUUCUGGACCGAUUCAGGACCUCAGUGAACGUGGUGGGUGACUCCUACGGUGCAGGCAUCGUGUACCACAUGUCCAAGGCAGAGCUGGAAGAGCUGGAUGCACACACGACUAAAACGGACGACAUCGAAAUGAUGACGAAGACCCAGUCUUUUUAUGACGACAUGAAGAACCACCACGAAAACAAUUCCAACCAGUAACCUCGGCCACUAACGGCUCUGCUGCGGAGUGCACGCUUGUUGAGGAGGAACCAUGGAAACAUGAAUAAUGGCAGCACAGAGAUCCCCUGCUCCUGGGCUCCACAAGCUUUCCUAUCUGGUGAAAUAAGAGUGAACGAAAAAAAAAAAGUCACAAGAACAGAACUACUAAUUGUUUCAUAUGUAGUUUAUUUUUUUUCCCUUUUUUUCUUUCCUUUUUUAUUUUGUAAUAAUUACUCCCUUUAAAGUUUUUUCUAACUGUCUACCUGACUGAUAAGUAAUACUAAUGUGCUCAAUGAUAAUAAUUAUAACAAGGGUGUAUUUUAGCUGUUAGAGCACAGUUUACGUGCGGUAUAGCAAACACUUGCACAACAUACUUCAAGGCUUGGGGAGGGAAGGAAAAGAAAACAAAAAAGUUCCAGAAGUUAUUCCUAGUAAUAUAUGCAUCCUAGCUCUGCAUUUUUAAGAUGGGGGACUUGGGAUUGUUAUGUGGCUGAAUAAUAAGGGAGCACCAGUCACAACUGGACCGGAUUAAGAGUUUGACACAGGCAGGUCAUCAGUCUAAUGCCAGGAGAUGAGUGGGAGUCGCAGCGUUAGUUGUGAUAGACAGAGUUGUUAUCCUGAGCUGUGUUGCAUUGCAUGCCGAUCAACACCGUGACAAUGUGCAUGAUCGGCUAUUGCAUUUCAACUCAGUCUCUUUUAUCUCAGAUGAUCACCUUUGAUUCUUAACUGGCAGAGCCUUUGAAGUGCAUCCGGCUUCAUUUGUAGCCCAAUAUCACCCACUAUCCCUGAGGUCCAACAAACUGAUGAAAGGGUAGGAGGCAGAGACAGAACAAUAACGAACAGGAAAACCAAGCUGAGCCUGAUACUCUACAAGCACAGGUACUAUGGGAUUAUAAAGCACAAAUGAUACUAUGGAGCCCUUUCUUACCUUUUUUCUUUUUGUGUCUACUAUUAGGAAAAAAGGACUUCCUUCCUUUUGUGUGUAUGUGUGUGUGUGAGUGUGUGUGUGUGUGUGAGAGAGAGAGAGAGAGAGAGAGAGAGCUGGGGUUAAGAACAUGACCAAGUCACUUAUAGGGACCAAACAGGCAGAAAAUCAAUCAGCUCUCAGAGGCCUUUGAACUGCCUCCGUGACGUCACUGGUAACGACUUUUUGGUUUUCUUGCACCAUGACCAUUUUUAUAACCCACUGGCACAGUCGU